CCUGAGCGUGCGCCUGUGGGCAGGCUGGACUCAGCGCUCGCACCCCCUUGGGCCGCGGCACGGUGCCCGCUCUGCCUUCCGCUUCCGAUGCGUGGUUGGUGGACCGGGUGUAUGUGCGGCAAUAACAUGUCGGCCCCACUGCCCGCCAUUGUGCCCACCGUCCGGAAGGCCACUGCCGUGGCGAUUUUCCUUCAUGGAUUGGGAGGCACAGGGCAUGGGUGGGCAGAAGCCUUUGCAGGUAUCAGAAGCGCCCACAUCAAAUACAGCUGCCCGCACGAACCAGUUAUGCCUGUAACAUUAAAUAUGAACAUGGCCAUGCCUUCUUGGUUUGACAUUAUUGGGCUUUCACCAGAUUCACAGGAAGAUGAAAAUGGAAUUAAACAGGCAGCAGAAAGUGUAAAAGCUUUGAUAGACCAAGAGAUGAAGAAUGGCAUUCCUUCUAACAGAAUUAUUUUGGGAGGAUUUUCUCAGGGAGGAGCUUUAUCUCAGUACACGGCACUGACCACACAGCAGAAGCUGGAUGGCAUCGCUGCUCUCAGCUGCUGGCUGCCCCUGCGGGCUUCCUUUCCACAGGGUCCUAUCAGUGGCGUGAAUAGAGACAUUUCUAUCCUUCAUUGCCAUGGAGAUUUGGAUCCAUUACUUCCCCUAAUGUUUGGUUCUCUUACUGUUGAAAGGCUAAAGACAUUGGUAAAUCCAACCAAUGUAACCUUCAAAACCUAUGGAGGCAUGAUGCACAGUUCAGGUCAACAGGAAAUGAUGGAUAUCAAGCAGUUCAUUGAUAAACUCCUACCUCCUAUUGAUUGAUGUCACUAAGAGGCUUUGUGGAAAAGUACAUACCAGCAUCAUCGUCAUAGAGUAUAAAGAUUUUUCUGUGCCCGAUCUUGAAACCUCUGAUGUGUGCAGUGUUAAAAUGUUUUGCAAAUACACACCAAUGACACAGACUAAGUAAAUCUCCUCAUGGGAAAUUUAUGAUCUUUUAAAUUUCUAUGUAUGUAUUUGUAUAAAAUGAUACAGAAUAUAUUAGUAUUAAAAUAGGUGAAGCAGCUAGCUUCUUUCUCUAUGUAAUUCAGCAAAAUAAUAAAAUACUGCAACCAGAUUUUUUAUUAUAUCACUUGAAAAUUAUUAGUAUGCUUAAUGAAAACUUGUUCAGGUAUAAAUGAGCAGUUAAGACAUAAAAAGUCUAUGCAUGCUGUGACUUAGACUUUGGACUUAUUCCCAAAUUACUUAGUCACCAUGCAGUAUCUGUACUUUUAUAUAUGUGUUCAUAUGUACUUAAUGAUUAUGAUGCAUAAUAAGAAUGAGGUGUUAUUACAUUAUUCCUAAUAAUAGGGAUAAUGCUUCUAACUGUCAAUAAAAAGAAAUAUUGCUGUCCUAAAAAAAAAAAAUCUUCCAACAAACAAAAGCCCAGGACCAGAUGGCUUUACUAGCGAAUUCUAUCAAACAUUUAGAGAAGAGCUAACACCUAUCCUUCUCAAACUCUUCCAAAAUAUGGCAAAGGAGGAACACUCCCAAACUCAUUCUACGAGGCCACCAUCACCCUGAUACCAAAACCAGACAAAGAUGUCACAAAGAAAGAAAACUACAGGCCAAUAUCACUGAUGAACAUAGAUGCAAAAAUCCUCAACAAAAUACUAGCAAACAGAAUCCAACAGCACAUUAAAAGGAUCAUACACCAUGAUCAAGUGGGGUUUAUUCCAGGAAUGCAAGGAUUCUUCAAUAUACACAAAUCAAUCAACGUGAUACACCAUAUUAACAAAUUGAAGGAGAAAACCCAUAUGAUCAUCUCAAUAGAUGCAGAGAAAACUUUUGACAAAA